AUGUCGUUUUUCGUUUUACCAUCGACGUUGCAAACAUCAACUUCAGGAACUUAUCAACCGACCAUUCUCAGAAGAGUGGAAUAUGGUGUUGGUUCUCUUUCGAAACUAGCUGACGUUCUGCGUGAUCUUUCGAUUUCCAAGGCAUUUAUCAUUACGGGUAAUUCCUUAGCAACAAAAACCGACGUGAUCGAACAAGUGAAGACUGCUGCUGGAUGUCCAAUAACAGCUGUUUUCUCAUCAAUGAAACAACAUGCACCCAUUGACGACAUCAACAAUGCAAUCGAGCAAUUAAAACAAACUGGCAGUGACGGUAUUCUUGCUGUUGGUGGUGGUUCGCCAAUUGACGCUGCUAAGCUCGUAAUUCAUUUCUACAAGGAACAAACAGGCAUCUUAUUGAAAUUAAUUAGCAUUCCAACAACCUUAUCGGCUGCAGAAUUGACUAUCAUUGCUGGUUAUACUAAUGAAGAUGGAAAUAAGGUAGCGAAGAAAGCUAGUGAAAUUGGUUCAUCAGCGAUAAUUCUCGAUGCUAACUUAUCUUUAAAUACGCCCAAUCGCUUGUGGCUUUCAACUGGUAUACGAGCUUUGGAUCAUUGUGUUGAACAACAGUACCGGCCCAAUGCACCAAUCCCUGUCCGAGCUCUAGCCCGAGAAGCAGCUGGUAUCUUGUUCGAAUCUUUACGAGCAUGUCAUAAGGAUGCUAAGGAUGUUGAAGCUCGACAACGAGCACUGAUUGGCGCUUGGUUGAGUCUUUGGUCGGAUGAUCGUAUAGGCCCUCUAGGUCCUUCACACUCAAUUGGUUACCAACUUGGAGCACCUUAUUCGAUUCCACAUGGCAUUUGUUCGUGUUUAACUCUCGCUGGUACGAUAGUAGUUCAGACGAAGCAUUUACCUGAGCAAGAAGUGAAGCAACUCGCUUCACUUUUACCUUUUGUUAAUACGAGUUCGUCUUCAUCUUAUGGUGGCGAUACACAUGAACAAGCCAUGAAAGUUGCUGGAGCUGUCAAAGAACUUAUUGCAGAUUUGAAUUUGGCAUGUACGUUGCGAGAGUACAAAGUGCCACAAUCAGAUCUUGACGGUAUUGUUGAACGUGCUCUUCCAGACGGAAAAUCGGAUAAGAGAUACAAAGAUUUUCUUGAGUUUCUUCACGCUAUCUAUUGA